AUGGCUGCUCCCGCGACGCAAUCGCUCAAGUGCGUCGUGACCGGCGACGGCGCUGUAGGCAAGACAUGUCUCCUCAUCUCGUACACGACCAACGCCUUCCCGGGCGAGUACAUCCCCACCGUGUACGCCCGCCCCUCGCUGCACCACGCCUUCGACAACUACUCGGCAAAUGUCAUGGUCGACGGCAAGCCCAUAAGCCUGGGGCUGUGGGACACGGCCGGCCAGGAGGACUACGACCGACUGCGCCCGCUCUCGUACCCCCAGACGGACGUGUUCCUCAUCUGCUUCUCCAUCGUCAGCCCCCCGUCGUUUGACAACGUCAAGGCAAAGUGGUACCCUGAGAUAGAUCACCACGCGCCCGGCGUUCCCAUUAUCCUCGUCGGCACCAAGCUCGAUCUGAGGGACGAUGAGGCGACCAAGGAGUCGUUGAGGCAGAAGAAGAUGGCGCCCAUCCAGUACGAGCAGGCCGUCAUGGUCGCAAAGGAGAUCAAGGCGCAGAAGUACCUCGAGUGCUCCGCCCUCACACAGCGCAACCUGAAGAGUGUCUUUGACGAAGCUAUUCGCGCCGUCCUCAGCCCCCGUCCCCAGCAGUCGGCGACCAAGAACAAGAAGAAGUGCACCAUCCUAUAA